AUGUUCUCAAAGUAUACAAGACAUGAUCGGAGAUUAUCAUGGCCAGGGUACCGUGCCAGAACCCUCGGCAAAAUUGACGAAAACAGACCUACACAGCCAGUCGUUAUUGGAGGAGAAAAGAUGGAAUGUACCUGUAUGGAGUUGGCACUCGAGGGGGAAAGAUUAUGUAAGGCUGGUGACUGCCGUACAGGGGUUCAUUUCUUUGAAGCUGCGGUACAGACAGGCACAGAUGAUCUCAAAACUCUCAGCGCCAUCUACAGCCAACUGGGCAAUGCUUACUUCUACCUACAGGAAUAUGCUAAGGCUCUGGAAUACCACAAACUUGAUUUGUCACUAGCACGAACUCUUGGUGAUAAGGUUGGGGAGGCAAAGGCCAGUGGUAACCUUGGAAACACACUCAAAGUCUUGGGAAAGUUUGAAGAAGCAAUAGCUUGCUGUUUACGACACUUAGAUAUAGCACAGGAGUUAGGAGAUAAGGUGAGUGAGGCACGGGCAUUGUAUAAUCUCGGCAACGUUUACCAUGCCCAAGGUAAACACACUGGGAGAUGUACAAAUGAAGAUCCAGGGGAAUUUCCAGAGGAAGUGCGCACAUGUUUGCAGAAAGCUGCUGAAUAUUACGAAGCUAAUCUACAAAUUGUAAAAGACCUCGGAGACAAAGCAGCCCAAGGUCGGGCUUGUGGUAACCUUGGUAACACCAAUUAUCUCCUUGGAAAUUUCAGUGAGGCAAUUCAGUACCACGAAGAGAGGCUUGCAAUAGCCAAAGAAUUUGGAGACAAGUCCGCUGAGAGGAGGGCAUAUAGUAACCUUGGCAACGCUCAUAUUUUUCUUGGGGAAUUUGAAGUUGCAGCUGAACAAUACAGGAGAACACUUCAGAUUGCUAAACAGUUGGGAGACAAGGCUUUGGAAGCUCAGGCCUGCUACAGCCUUGGAAACACAUUCACACUCCUUCAGGACUACGAGAAGGCCAUCGAAUAUCAUAUGAGGCAUCUAAAAAUAGCACAAGACCUGAAUGACCGUGUGGGUGAGGGCAGGGCAUGCUGGAGUUUAGGCAACGCUCACUCUUCAUUAGGGAACAAUGAGGUAGCAUUGGAAUUUGCCAGUAAACACUUGCAAAUAUCUAAAGAGAUUGGUGAUGAAAAUGGCCAAUUUUCGGCUCAGAUGAACCUGGCAGACCUGAGGAAUGUACUGGGAAUAAACAUGUGCUCUGCUGAAUCUACUACAGGGGUGAUUAGUCAUGAUGGCAAUCUAAAGGAUGAAACAGACCUUGCUAUAAGCAGACGACCUUUCAGGCGACACAGCAUGGAAAACAUGGAACUAAUGAAGCUAACACCUGACAAAAAGGGUGCCCUGCCUACUGCCAAUGGAGGGGCGCGACCAAAGGUUCCCAAGUUCCAAAAGGCAGCCAGUAUAGCUUCUAAUUCAGAACUAGAACACAGACCAAAGCUGAGUAAAGAUAAGUCUGUAGACACAAGUCACGGAGAUGAAGACAGCUUUUUUGAUCUAGUCAGUAAGUUCCAGAGCAGGCGAAUUGAUGACCAACGAUGUUCUUUUAAGAUAGAACCUUCAAUGCCAACCCCUAAACCUCCUGUUCCAACAGUGCCAGUGGUGACAAAGAAAUCCAGUGUGGCAGCAGCAUCAGAAGGAAAUGAAGAGUUCCUUGACAUGGUGGCAGGAAUUCAAAGUUCACGGAUGAAUGACCAGAGAGCAGCUCUGCCACAGUUUCCUGGAUUGAACUCGCAGGCUGUCAUUGACCAGUUUCUGAAGCAGAGAAGUGAUUCCCAUGUUCCAGAUGACAACUUCUUUGAAAUGCUGAUGAGAUGUCAGGGUUCUAGGAUUGAGGACCAAAGAAGUUCAUUACCACAGUCAAACAUCCCUGCUCCGACAGUGCCAGACGAAGAUUUCUUCAGCCUCAUUCAGAAGGUCCAGUCAUCGCGAUUGGAGGAACAGCGCACUAGCUUACCAGACAAACCAACAACAGAAACACAGGGAAAGAAAAAGAAGAAAUGA